GCGCGCGGCAGGAAGAUGGGGUUCUGCGGCGCACGAAGCGGCCGAGCCGUCAGGUCCUGGCUGGUCGAGCCCCUCAGGGACAGCAAUCUGCAGCUCUUCGCCCUCGUCGCCGUGUGGAUCGCCAGCAAGAUCCAUGAGAUGAGACCACUGGCAGUGAAGAGCCUCAAGGCGCUCAGCGACCGCAUCAUCGCCGACCAGCAUUUCACGUGCCGUGAUUUCGCUGACGCCGAGCUGGUGUUCAUGGAGGUAUUGGAUUACAACAUUGGAUGCACAAAAAUUGCUUUCAUACACUUGGAAGAGCUCCUCAUUCAGUUCAGGGAAAUAUCAAAGUUAGGUGAUCUUGUCAAUAUGGAUGUGUGCAUGGAAAUCUUGGAUAUUCUGUAUGAGACUGAAGAUAUCUCAUGGCUUUUUAACUUUGCCUGUCCACUGGCUGCUUCGACUCUUGUUACUGCGUACGUUAUCUCAGUUCCUAAGCAGAAAUGGGAGUUUCCAAUAAUUCCCUGGGUCCAGUUCACUACUUCGUAUGCUGAAGAAGAGAUCUUGAAGAUUGUUAUGACAAUUCUCAUGCAUGUGAUCAAACCGGAUGAAAUCAAAGAGAAGAACAAGAGAGAUUUCAGUAUGUGAGGCUUGUGCAUCGGUGAUGUGUACAACACAACUGGCAGUGUCCAAAUUUUACCAAUUCCAGUUUACCACUUCAUAUGCUGAAGAAGAGAUCUCGAAGAUUGUUAUGACAAUUCUCAUGCAUGUGAUCAAACCAGAUGAAAGCAAAGAGAAGAACAAGAGAGAUUUCAGUAUGUGUACAACACAACUGGUAGUGUCCAAAUUUUACCAAUGUAAGUACUAACGAUCUGCAACCAAAGUACAUAUGUAGAACAUAGUGCUGCUUGUUUGCAUCUGACCAUUUUUGAAUUUUGAUUUCCAAAACAUGCUGAGGAGUGAUGCUUGCUAAUUAAUUCUGUACAAAGUGGCCAAAGUAUUGAUGCUGGAUCUCUCCUGAGUUAUCCCCUCAUGUCAAUGCGGCAGUGGCACUUGGCAUUUUAUUUUACCUGAGGGUUACGAUAACAUUGAAAUCUCGCCAUCUUUUUUUUAUGUACAAUUGUAAACUUCAUAUGAAAAUAACGGAGUUGCAUCGUCAGAUACUGAUCAUAUGCUGAACUGAUGAAGUAGCAUAUUCGUAGAUUUUAUUCAGCAUAUGCAUAUAGAGAGGGCUCCGAGAGUUGAUGGGAUAUUCUCAUAAUAAGAUAUUCCUUGUUCAAAUUUUGUAGGCCAUGAUUUGGUUUUGUGUUUGCACUUUGCAGACAGAAUAAUCCAUAUUUUUUUAAGGAUAAGAUGAACCAUCAUGAUCAA